AUGCGUCGACGAGAUCCUUUUCCGCCCAACGUCCGUCGCUCUGCUCGCGACAGCCCGUCGCACGGCCCCGAUCGUCGCAUGCGGUCUCACGAGCAGGCCGCCUCGCGGCCACUCUCACCACCUCCUUCCUCCACCCCGCCGGCGCAGGCUCUUCACACUCAUUCAGUCCUCACGUUCAUUCCCCUAACUCUUCUUCCGUCUCCCCUUCCUCUCUCUUUCCUUUCCUCGUCCCUCUCCUUUCUCCCGUCGCCCUCUUACGUCCUUCGCCGGCUCUUCCGUCAUCACCAGGUGGGUACAGUAGCGGCAGCAGACUCCACGUCAACAGCAGCGCUCAACUGCGACCAGGUGGGCACGGUAGCAGCAGCGGACCCCACGUCAACAGCGGCGCUGAACUACGACCAGGUGUUCAUCCGCGACUUCAUCCCCUCCGCGCUCGCCUUCAUGCUCUCCGGCCACCACGAGAUCGUCCGCAACUUCCUCCUCUACACGUUACAGCUGCAGAGCUGGGAGAAGACCGUAGACGCGCACAGGCCAGGCGAGGGGCUCAUGCCGGCCAGCUUCAAGGUCACUCAGACGCCCGUGGAGGGCAGCGCUGGGGGCGGAGCGGCGUACGAGGAGCACCUCGACCCUGACUUUGGCGAGUCUGCCAUUGGCCGCGUGGCUCCUGUUGACUCUGGCCUGUGGUGGAUACAGCUCCUACAAGCAUAUGGACAGUGCACGGGAGACGUGUCAUUGCAGCAGAGAGUGGACGUGCAGACGGGCAUCAAGCUCAUUCUCAAGGUCUGCCUGGCGGACCACUUCGACAUGUUCCCCACGCUCAUCACCACCGAUGGCUCCUGCAUGAUCGACAGGCGGCUAGGCAUCCAUGGCCAUCCGCUGGAGAUCCAGUCUCUGUUAUACGGCGCCCUGAGAGCAGCGCGCGACAUGCUCAUCCCAGAGGGCGACAGCAUCGACCUCAUCCGCGCCGUCAACGCGCGGCUCACGGCGCUGGCCUUCCACAUCCGGCGCUACUACUGGCUGGACCUGCCCGCCCUCAACACCAUUUACCGCUUCAAAACCGAGGAGUACUCGCACGACGCCGUGAACAAGUUCAACAUCUACCCGGAUCAGAUUCCCCCGUGGCUCAUGGACUGGAUCCCGGACCGCGGAGGGUACUUUGUGGGGAAUGUGCAGCCGGCGCAUAUGGACUUCCGGUGGUUUGCGCUGGGGAAUCUGUGGGCGAUUGUGAGCAGCCUGGCGUCGCACCAGCAGGCGGAGGCGAUUCUGGAUCUGGUGGAGGAGAAGUGGGAUGAUUUGGUGGCCGGCAUGCCCAUAAAGAUAUGCUUUCCCGCGCUGGAGAACGGCGAAUGGCGCAUUAUCACUGGCGCUGACCCCAAGAACACAGCGUGGUCGUACCACAACGGGGGGUCGUGGCCGGUGUUGCUGUGGCCGCUCACAGCAGCGUGCAUCAAGAUGGGUCGCCCCCACCUGGCACAGCGCGCUGUGGCCCUCGCAGAGCAGCGCCUGCAGGCCGACCGCUGGCCCGAGUACUAUGACACCAGGCAAGCAUGCGAGGCUGCACCAGACGUGGAGCACAGUAGGGUAUCUCACAGCCAGACUGCUGCUCACCAACCCCACGCCGUCUCCCUCAUUGCUCCCUGUCCCCCCUCCCCCCCCCUGCGCGCACUCUGCCCCUCCCUGCAGGAGGGGACGGUUCAUAGGCAAGCAAGCACGGUUGCACCAGACGUGGAGCAUCGCAGGAUACCUAACAGCCAAGCUGCUGCUCGCCAACCCCCACGCCGUCUCGCUCAUAGCAGCGGACGAGGACUGUGA